AUGACAUCAUCUGAAACUACCGAUAACGUUCCAACAUGUUUAUCCUGUACAUCCUUAAAAUCUCAAAACGAGUUUAAGGAUAUCCUGAUUUUUAAAUAUCACAAAAUUUCUCAAGCUCAAGAUGAACUUAUCCAAGCUCAAAGAAAUCUAAUCAAAGAUUUGUUGAAAAAUCGAAGUACUAAUCUUGACUUUAGUUAUACUACGCCUAUGAUUGGUGAAUUAGAUUAUUAUAAUGAAAUUAACUAUAUUAAAUCUUUGAGCUGUGAUAUUCAAAGGAAGACAACGCCUCAAGCAUCCGGUUCAAACGAUUGGUGCAGAGUUUAUAUCGGUGCAGUUACAGAUGAUAUAGAUGAAAUGACUUUACAGCAAUGCCUUGAACGUGCUUUCGGUCAAGUUUCUUGGCUGGAAAUUGUCCGUGCUAGGAAUUGCGCAUUUGCUGAUUUUUGGUACGCGGAAUCAUUUCACCGUGCUCUUGAACAAGGAUAUGUUUACUUGACAAAUGGAUCACGCGCGAAAGUCAAAAUGGCUACCAAGCCUGUCAAAAGAUUUAAUGGCUGUAAAUAA